AUGGAAAAAUUUUUCGUCAAUCGUCGAGAUCGAAAUGAAAAAUUUAGUUUUAGUUUGGGUAAAGUUGAAGUGAUUCAAGCUUGGAAGCUUGGUGUAACUACUAUGAAACGUGAAGAAAUUGCCCGAUUUUUUUUCAAACCCAAAUAUGCUUAUGGUUUAAAAGGAGAUGAAAAAAUAUUUAGAUCUGCUACAAGUGUCAUUUUUGAGAUAGAAUUAUUAGAUUUUGUUGGAAAAGAUUUAAGUGAUGGAAAAGAUGGAAAUAUUAUUAGACGAAUAAUUCGUCGAGGUGAAGAACGUGAAUCAUCCAAUGAAGAUGCAACGGUAGAAAUUAAUCUCAAAGGAAUUGUUGAACGAGCUCUUUACAAAAUGUCUUACAAUGAAUAUUGUCAAUUAGAUUUAAAAGCAAAAGCACUUCAAGGCUUGGAAAAGUUUUCGAUUCCAAUGGAUGAAUCUGUUCAAUAUGAAGUAAUAUUAAUUAAAUUUGAGCCACUUAAAGAAAAACGACUCUUAGACGCUAAACAAAAACUUGAACAAUCGGAGCUAUUAAAACCACGAGCUGAUGAUCUUUUCAAAGUAUUUUAA